UCCGUGUUAGGUAAGCAAACUUUUGAUUUUGAGAAAGAAACAAAAGAAAACAAUUUUAAAAUAGCAAUACCACUUCUAUAGGCUUAAUAUUUUAGGUGUAGACACCCUGUUUCUAAGUUAUGUUAGUUUCAUAUGUGCCCAUGUAAAGGUGCUGAAAUACCUUUUUAAAAGUAUGCAUUCACGAUGUGCCGAACAACUGAAGAAUUCUUUCCAAUUUCCAAACGAGGAGGCCCUGAACCUGAAAAUGGCCGUAAACAUCAAAGUUUGUGCCAUUUAUCUGGACGAAAUGCUUCAAUUUUAUGGCUGCAUCGAACGGGUUUACCGCAUGGUGAUGCUGUUGAAUUCAUCAUGGUCCAUAUGCACCGUGGGCCUCAGUCUCAUGAGUGUCUUAGACAGUCCCAACCUAGACGAAGCUAUCGCUGGUUUGGGUGUGAUUUUUGUGGUUAGCAUUGGUAAAACAUUCAUGUACUGUUAUUGUGGCAACCGAUUGACAUCAAUGAUUCUCAAAGCUUCGUAUUCACUGGCAGUUUUCAAAAGAAGUUAA